AUGUCCCUGUCCCACAGUGAGCUUUGUUACCCCAAGCUCAGCUCCAAUCACAUGCAUGUACACUACCUGGUGCAAGAACAGGAGCGAUCCAAAACGUAUGCAUUCAAUAUGGACAAAGACCUGUGCACGCCUAUGGGCGAACUCCUGGAUUGCCGCUUCGAGAGGCUCGAGAAAGCACUCAACGUCAUGAUUGACUCCUUGGCGAAGAACACACCGUCAGAGAAGCUUGCCGAGGAAUUGGUGUCCGCCCAGGAGGAUUUGAAUGAUGGCCUAAAGCUUUUAGAGAGGCACCAAAACAACUAUGGGCGGAUUCAACAAUUGCGGCAAGAAACCUCCCUGCUCGACACCCAGAUAAAGGACAUCGCCAGUUCCCUCUGGAACAUGCGUAAGGAGCUAAAAGCAGUACCAACAACCGCUCACCCAAUGAACGGCCAGAGAUACCGAUUCACGACCGCCGAACUCCUUGCCUACGGGCGACGCAUCAGUCGCAACACCCUCCCGCCCCCGGGCGUCACAAAUGGUGUCGACAUGAGCACGCCCGAGCCCUCUCAGACAACCCAAACCCCCUUCACGAGCUUCAACACAAGCUUCAAUGGCACGGUCGGCACCCCGGGCCCGAUGAGCGCAACACCCAACACCACCCUCGACACCCAAACAACAUCCCAGCAAUUAGCAGCAGCCAAGCCCAACACGACCGAGGCAAAACUGCCCCAGCACCUCAAACCGGCCGUCAACCCCCUCCACAACGCAGCCUUUCAGCCGUGGCCGACAGAAGCGCAGAUCCGCUCCGGCGGGCUCGCCGCCAUCCAGCGGCUCGUCGACGCGGGGAUUGACCCGCGCGGCUACGACCCCGAAGAAGAGGAGCGGAAGAAGCAGGCCGAGGAACAAGCCAAAAAGGAAGCCGAGGAGCGGGCGCGUCAGGAGCGGGAGGCGGCCGAGCGGCGGAUGCGCGAGGAGAGGGAGCGCAUGGCGCGCGAGAGAGAGCGCGCGCGGCAGCAGAUGGAGGGCGGCGCCGGGGCCGACAGGCGGGAUAGCGUCGUCGGGGCGGGGCCGAGGGCGAGUAAGCCGAAGCAGUUUACCUUUUUGGGUGCGGAUGACGAUGAUGAUGAGGACGAGGAUUAG